UAACUGGCUUGUUGACAAUGUUUUGCUGAAAAUCACAUCCCAAAAGGAUAUUUAAUUAUGUCCAGCUUAGUAAAUGCUUCUUGGUUAGUAAUUCCUGUAGGCAAGAUAGGUGACUCCUACAGCUUUCUUCUUCUUCAGUUUUGAUGGAAGAAGGCCGGUUAGUUUGUAGAGAUGACAGCCAUCUCUUGGACCAAGUUGCUGUGCCAUCAAAUGGUAAUCUCCAUGAUAGUAAUGGCUGACUGCUCCUUUUGCCUACCCCAGAUUUUGAGUUGAUGCACACUCUGACAGCUUAAUUAACUGAUGUAGCUGUAAAGUAGAUAAUUGAAGGCAGAUGGAAAUUGACUAUAGUGUAUGUUCUUGCUGUGUUUGUGAAGGGUGCUAUUAAACAGUAGAAGGACUCCUUACCUAUCUUCAGCCAUAAAGGAAGCUGUGUGUUAAUCUGACCAGUUGGGCUUUCCCUCAUAGUCUGUGGCCAUCCCUCCCAUUUUCUGCUUAUUUCUGAAGAUGAGAAAAAUUGCUCUGUGUAUGCACUCUUGUAACUAUACCAGAAGGAUAGCAUAGAAUAUACUAGACUAUAUACAUGUCUAUUCUAGAGCGUAGCAUAGAAUUCAUCUUACUUCUAGGCAUCCAAUAUAUGCUACAUUGCAAGCAGCACCUUGUACUGCAAGUGCUUAUGAACUAGAGUUUGUUUUUUAUCGUAGAGGCUCUCCCAGUUCAGCAUGACUCUUCCUGAUCAAGUCAGCUUUAGCAUCACACCUGUCCUUGGGAGGUCACUGGAUUGUAUAUGUGGAAUAAAACUGUUUGAGGAUUUUUCCAGAUGAAAAAGGUUUUACCAGCUCUAAAAGAGAGAAUAAUCUAAUGUAUUUCCUUAAUUGCUGAAUGCAUUGAAGUUCUUUCUUCAUUCUUGCCUCCCCAUCUUGCACCACUCCUAAGAACAGGUAGUCUGAGUCCUGAGGCACAGUACAUAAAAUGAAAAUAUGGUUUGGCAACCAAAAUAGUUCAGAGCAAUAAACAUUCCUUUCACUUUUAUAUCUGGCACAGCAUCUUCAGUGACUAGAAUCAGGAAUGCAAUGCUCAAUUAACUGGAAAGUUGAAGGCAUAUAAGAUUGCAAAACCAGACAAGACUGUAGUAAACUUUAGCUACUUUGAUCUUGAAGGAUAUCAGCUUAACCAAGGAACAGUCACACUGAUGUGGCAGGGCUUUUCUCAAAUUGCAUUAAUUACAAGCACAGGUAUUUUGAGACUCCUGCUCUGUGGCUUUCAGCCUCAUCAUUGUUCUGUUUUUCUAAAAAGAUUCCUUAAAUCACAAAGUUCACUAUGCAGAGAAGAAAAAAAAGAAGCCUAUCAGCAAUUGACAGAAACUACUGAGGCGUGGGAUGACUGGCAGCUGGAGACAUGCACAGACAUGGUGAGGUCUAAGCACGCAGAUAAGCCGUGCUUUUUACCACACCCAGCUCAGAGACAAGAAGGCUUUGGAGAGUUACAGAAGUGCUGGAUCUCUGAGAAGCUCCCUUCAAGAAAUCUUCGUAAUGUUCCUCGUUAAAGCUUUGCUGAGUGGAGGAAGUGGCAGCAGUCAUGGAGGGAACCUUGCACGUGGCCUUGGAGGUCUCCUAACAGGAGGUGGACAUGGAGGGAAUAUUGGAGGACUUGUUGGAGGUCUCGUUAACCUUAUAAGCGAAGCAGCAGCUCAGUAUAACCCAGAGCCACCUCCACCUCCUCACAGUCAUUUUACCAACGUGGAAGCUUAUGAGAGUGAUGAGAUCAGACAGUUCCGUCGCCUUUUUGCCCAGCUGGCUGGAGAUGAUAUGGAAGUGAAUGCCACAGAGCUAAGGGACAUCCUGAACAAAGUUGUUUCCAGACAUCAAGACUUGAAGACAGAAGGCUUCAGCUUAGACACAUGCCGUAGCAUGGUAGCUGUCAUGGACAGUGACACAAAUGGCAAACUGGGCUUUGAAGAGUUUAAGUAUCUGUGGAACAACAUCAAAAAAUGGCAGUGUGUGUACAAGCAGUACGACACUGAUCAGUCAGGCACUGUUGGCAGAGCUCAGGUGCCAGGUGCCUUGAAGGCUGCUGGGUUCCAUCUGAGUGAGCAGCUCUGCCAGGUGCUGGUGCGCAGGUACGCUGACGGGGACGGCAGCUUGGAUUUCAACAACUUCAUUAGCUGCUUGGUACGACUGGACAGCAUGUUCCGGGCUUUCAAGUCCCUGGACCAUGAUGGAGAUGGACAGAUCAAAAUGACCAUUGAAGACUGGCUGCAGCUGACCAUGUAUUCGUGAAGGCACAGCAGAGAAGAAUAAGCUUCAUCUGGAAGAUAUACAUGAAAGACUGCAAUCCUGUACUAUAGAACUGUAGACUUUUCCUUAUUCUAAUUCUAAGGCAGAUGUGGGUAGCUCAGCUUAUAGUGCUGUGAUUCCUCUUGUGCAUGCAUUAGUUUGCUUUUCUGAAGGGUUUGGGUAAGUUGUCAGCUGUGUAAGUCUGUCUAAGAAACUAUCUUCAGACUGAGGGAAUAUGUUGAAGGAUCAAAGAUUAGUUAUUUCUUCAUGUAAAGUGGCUUGUAUAUAACUAUUACCUAAAAGGCUCAUAAGUUUGGCAUUUCUCUGUGAUGUUACUGUUUUGAUUUGUCAGCAUUUGCUAAGCUGGAAUAAAGCUCUGCUUGCCUGAAGGCAAUCAUUAGGAAAGAGAGUUGUGCAGUUAUUCCUAACAAGUAGAAAAACAUGAGAGUUGCCAUAGUUAUAAUGGUCAAUGAAUUUACAUAAUCAUAUAAUUUCCUCCCUAAUUCUGCUUUUUCAUGCUUGUCUGCUGAAGCAAAACCUGAGUGGUAUUGUCAGUUCUACCUGCCAGCCAGGACAAAAUUGAAGAUGUAUCAGGCUACUCUUACAACCUUUUUCUCCUUCCUGCAAUUCUAUUAACUAGACUUUUCUCUUUUUCCUUGAAGCCUUAUUAUAGUUAUAAUGAAAACAACUUAAAAUACUACAUUUUUAUUUAGAGAGGCUUGUUGUAAU